AUGACGGCAGCCACUGCUAACCCUGCAGCCACUGCCAACCCUGUCUUGCUGAAUGGCCUUGCAGGCCUCCUUGCCUCGAUCGCCUCAACGGCGCUGCUGUACCCCUUGGACCAGAUCGGAGUCAUCUCCCAAGCUGCAGGUGUCCAUGGAGGCCUGCUCAACAUGCUGCUUUCGGAGGACGACUGCUUCCGAGGCUUGGGCAGCCAGCUUCAAGCCACCGGCCUCUCCUACUUCGUGUACUUUAGCGCGUACACCUACAUGAAGCCCCGCUUCCGGUCGCGGCAGCUGCCGCCGAGCGUGGCGGACUUGGUGUCUGCAAGCCUGGCAGGCAUGCUGGGAGUGGCGCUGAGCACUCCCCUUUGGGUGGCCACCACCCGGCUGAAGAUCGGGCGUGCCACUGGCGAUGGCCUCUGGCAAGAGGUGGGCUUUAUCCUCGUCCAAGAGGGCUUCGGGGCUCUCUGGAGCGGCGUGGCCUCGUCGAUGCUUCUGGUCGCCAACCCUGCCAUUCAGUUUGUCAUCUACGAUGUGUUGAAGCGGAACUUCUUCCAAAGAGAGGCAGAGAUUUCCGCGUCCAACGCCUUCAUUGCCGGCGCAAUUGCGAAGUCCGUGGCUACCUGCGCAACUUACCCGUUCCAAGUUGCUCAGACACGACAGCGAGUGCAUCGACGAACACCGGGGGUCGCUGAGACAGGCAUCUUCGACUGCCUCAUCGAAGUGGUGGUCAUGAGCGGCUUCGCAGCCCUGUAUGCUGGCAUCGAGGCGAAACUACUGCAGACCGUGCUCAACUCGGCACUGAUGUUCAUGUUCUACGAGAAGCUGGUGUCCCAACUGCGUGGCAUCUACACCGCCAUUGCGGAAAACAGGAGUCGACGCCCCAAGCGAUUUCGUCAAGGCAUCUGA